ACUACAGAAUCUUGUACACAAAUCUUGAACAACGCCGAGGUUACGUGGGUCACGAUAAUGAGGCAUGAAUUGCUAUGGUAAAAAUCCUAUGACGGAAGUUCAGGUAAAAAUCACGUAUGUAACAAACUGCCACUAGCAGCUUACACACUGGUUAUGGCCUCUUCCUAGUCGACACAGCAACCUUUAGCACGUGACGACUGGAGUAAAAAAGCUGUAGUGUCUGCACACUUAUUUUGAACGCACUAUUUACAGAGUGGCUGGAUUAAGAGGCGUAUUGUAGGGGCGCAGUCGUUUCGGGGUGAAACCUUACACUAUAGAAGUCAAGGUACAUAUGGAGCGGACAAGAUUGAUUCGCAGAGAGAGUACGGGGAUGUCAGGGUCGGAGCACGGCAGGGCCACUGAAGGAGAGACAACCGGCUUAUUAAAAGUACCUACAUCCAACAAUCGAGAGAAGCCACUGCCAAGCCACCUGCUGUUCUCUGUGGUAUCCAUACUGACCUGUCCGCCAUUAGGCAUCUUGGCGGUAAGGGAAGCGCUAAAGGUUGAGAAGGCGGGGAGAUCGAAUGAUUUGGACUGCGCAAAGAGAGCCUCAUCAAGGGCGGCCAUGUACAGUCUGGCUAGUGUCAUGAUAGGAGUCCACUUGGCCUGUCUGGUGGGCACUUGUGUCAUCUGCUACUUAUACCAGCACCAUUGAUGAACAAACAACGAAACAUUAUACUGUACCCUUAUGCUAUGAUAGGAGCCCACGUGACCUUCCUGGUGGGCAUUUGUGCCAUCCAUAACAUUACACUGUAGUGUACUGUCGUUGUGUUGUACAUGUACAUAGUAGAACAAUACUCUAAUUUAAGAAAGAAUACUUUGCUUUUAAAGUCCGCUCAAAACACUUCAUUUCUUUCGGGAAUAUUCAAACAUUUUGAAAAAAAAAUAACAUUUCAGUAUUAAGUUAUCUGUAACUAAGGUCUUCAGUAAAUGGAAAACAAGGAUGUUCGUUCCCAGAACUGCGUACAGUAAAACACCCGGGUGCGAAGGAGCGCUGGCAUUGUCGGAGAACCUCCUCCUUUUUGGGGAUGUUGAGACUUUAUAAACGGAGGUGGUUUGUAAUGAUAACUUACAGAGCAAUCUGUGCUCGACAUUUGCCAUUGUACUUUGAGAAAAAAAACACAUCUCCACAUUUAAACCUGAAGAAAUUCCAGAAAGGAUACUGUGUGCUAUAUUUGACGGGAUACAUCUUAGAUAGGAAAGGCUGUCGCAGACCUUUCACAAUCAUGGAUAUUUAUGCAGUUCUUUACUUGGUUCUUUGAUAUCUCCUGUCUGUUUAUUUGUUUGAAGGAAUAAAUCGGUUCAUUUUACAUCCUGA